AUGGUGAGCACCCGGAAAAAUGAAUGGACAGAUGUGGACAGGAAACGAGUUAUGAAUGACAUCAUCACAACCAUGUUCAAUAAAAAAUUUAUGGAAGAGCUGUUUAAACCACAGGAACUCUAUUCCAAGAAAGCUCUGCGAACAGUGUACGACCGGCUAGCUCAUGCUUCGAUCAUGAGGCUGAACCAGGCGAGCAUGGACAAGCUGUAUGACCUUAUGACUAUGGCUUUCAAAUACCAAGUGCUGCUGUGCCCUCGGCCCAAAGACAUUCUGCUGGUCACAUUCAAUCACCUGGACGCCAUCAAGGAUUUCAUACACGAUUCCCCUGGCAUUCUGAACCAGGUGGAUGAAACUUUCCGACAGCUGAUUGAAACAUACAGCUGUCUCUCUGCUGGGGAAUUUCAGCUCAUCAGGCAGACACUCCUCGUUUUUUUCCAGGACAUGCACAUAAGGGUCUCUAUCUUUCUGAAGGAUAAAGUGCAAAACUCUAAUGGUCGCUUUGUGCUGCCAAUAUCAGGCCCUGUUCCUUGGGGUACAGAAGUUCCAGGACUUAUCAGGAUGUUUAAUCGCAAUGGCGAUGAAGUUAAAAGAACUGAGUUCAGCACUGGUGGAAAUUAUGUUACGCCACAAAAGGAAGGAUCUUUUGAUCUUUAUGGAGACAGAGUCCUCAAACUUGGAACAAAUAUGUACAGUGUUAGUCGGCCAGUAGAGACACAGAUGUCGGGAUCAUCCAAAAACUUGGCAUCCAAUGCGAAGGAGAAUAUAGUCCCUAACCCGCUCGCUAAAGAAGAACUGAACUUUUUGGCCAGGCUGCUGGGGGGUCUGGAGAUCAAGAAACCUGGUGGCAGUGAGACAGGAUUUCGACUGAAUUUGUUCACAACUGAUGAGGAGGAAGAACACGCUGCCCUGACUCGACCAGAGGAGUUGUCGUACCAGGUUAUCAACAUAGAAGCCACGCAGGGCUAG